UCAGUUGAAUUUGAUUUGGUGUUUAUACACUUGAAUGGUUAAUUAAUCAACGAUGAUGGAGUUAAUUGUUGCAGCAGAAGCCUGAUAAUCAAGUGAACAGAUAUCAGGUUAUUGAAGAUUUGAAGGUAAACCAGAAAAAAAUAGUAAACAAAUUGAAAUGAAAAUCGUGAAUGGAAACAAACUUUCAAUUGGCUAUUUACUACUAAACAUAUACCCUGACCCAAGCCAAGGACACAGACUAAUUGUGAACAAUUACCGAUGUUGAUUGUUGAUUAUUGUGAUGGUUACGCUUUUAAAUGAUGGUGAUAAUGAUGCUUUAGAUGGAGAUAAAUGAUAACAACGAAAUUAAUUUUCGCCAAACAAUGGAAAACUUUGGUUAAUCACGAAUUAGAAAACAACAACAACAAUUAGCCUAACUAAUACUAAUUCUCAUUGACUCAAUAUGGUUAAUUAUAUAUUAUGGAAAACAAUUGAUACAUUGGUUAGAAAGAGAGAGAAAAAGAAAUCGGAAACCACAACAAUUAACCUUCGAUGGUUAAACAACUAAGAUGAUGAGGAUGCAACUAUCGAGGAGAAAUCAUUGAAUCGCCAGAGUUAAUUGUUGAUAGAAGUGAAAGAAAACAAUUGUAAACAAAGAUGAAUCAACAAUUACAUUUGUGUCCACUGGAUUAGAGGAUAAUCAAAUCUUAAUCAUCUCAUCGAGAAAGUCAAAUGUUCAAUUGGAUUAAAAUGAGUUACACUUUACCACCAUCACCAAAUUCAGCAACUCAAUCAGUUAAAAUGUUGUACAAACCUCAUGAUGAGAAUGAUAAUCAACUUGAAAUCGAAAUACCCAAGAGUGAAUCAGUUAAUAACCGAAGAUUCAAUUGGCCUAAUAGGAAAAGAUUUGCCCUCGAAAUUGCUUUCUAUUCAAUGACACUAUUGGCAACCAUUUUUUUACUGACAAUCGUUUAUAUUUUAACCAAACGGAGUCUUGAUGCUGAUCAUAACAAGUGUCCAACGGUUACCAUUUUAAAGCCCAAAGAGGAUAAGCUUAUGCUGGUCAAGGAAGGGAUAGUUAGACGGACUUAUCCUGAUCCAUCGGAUCCGUUAUAUGCUCUGUGUGGACCUUGUCCGAAAUUGAACUGCCCUGAAUGUCCGAAAGCUCCUCAUGUAACUUGUCCACCAUGUUUAUCAUCAUAUUCUGAAUCUUCAUCUUCAUGUUCAACUCCAAAUAUUGAAACAACUUGUCCUCCUUGUCUUAACUACACCAAUACAAAUCAAUCAAAUUUUUACAAUGAAACUUAUCAUUCAGAAGGAAAUUCAGUCACAGCAACAACAAUGGCUGAUUCUUAUUCAUAUACUGAGGAUUCCAAGAUUGAUAACCUUUGUCUAACCAGAAAUUGUAUCAUUCAGGCCUCAGAUAUCCUGAAAAUGAUUGAACCUGAAUCUGAAUCAGAAUCAACUCAAUUCUGUACAAGCUUCACCACUUUCUCCUGCCAUGGAUUACUAUCAUCAUCAUCAUCAUCACCAUUAUCAUCAACACCAGUAGCCUUAUCAUCUCGCCAAUUGAUUAAAUCUAAAGAAUCAAAUCAACACUUGGAUGAUCAAAACAAUUUCCAUGCUGUUCUCAUGGAAAUGACUUCUUCCCAUGUGAAAGAGAAACCAGUUAUUCGAGAGAUUUGGAACUUUUAUCAAUCUUGCCUGAACGAAGAUGCAAUUGAACGGAAAGGCAAAGAACCGUUAAAAGAAGUGAUUAAUUCAAUGGGCGGUUGGCCUCUCCUCGAACUUGGUUCAACAUGUUUAUCCUCUUACGAUCUAACGGAAACCAUGAUAAAAACUCACCAACUUGGAACUUUGAAUUCAAUGAUUUUCUCAUUUGAUUUAAAUGUUUUCAACACAAUUGAUUCAUCAACAUCUUCAUCAGUUGAUUCAAAUGAUGUUACCACCAAUGGAAAUGAAAACAUCAAUAUGUUGAUCUCAUCUGCAUCUCUUGGUAUGGGUUCAACUGGUCCUUAUAUUGAAAAAUGGGGCAGUUAUUAUGAAAUAAUGAUUGACACUGCCCUGAAAUUAGGUGCAUCCAAACAAAGUGCCCUCAAGUCAAUGAAUCAAGUUCUAGAAUUUGAAACUAAACUUGCACAGAUUGCUGCUCGUGAAGAGAUUAAACCAAACCAAUGGACAACAAUCAAUUUAUUUCAGAUGAACAUGAUAUUUCCCAGCAUCGAAUGGCCCAAAUAUUUGAAGAUAAUCUCUGGUUCCAAUUUAUCGGGUGACGAAAAAAUCAACGUUACAUCAAUUGAGAUGCUCAAGCAAAUCGAUCAACUUUUAACGGUCACAGAUAAAAGUGUUAUCUGUGAUUAUAUCUUAUGGAGGAUAAUCUUGGACAGUUUACCUCGACUUAAUCGCUUUUGGAGACAAUUGUAUUACAAUUCAAUUAAAUCAAACAAUUAUAACACCGUUAAUGGUGUUGAUCAACAACAAUUAAUCACUCGUAAGGAAACUUGUGAUUCCCAAGUAAUAUCAUAUUUCCACAAUUUACUACCAUUGAUUUAUUAUAAGGAGCAUUUUGAUUCGAUUGAAACGAUUAAAUUUAAAUCAAUAGUUAAUCAUCUUGCUGAUACAACAAUUAAAACUUUACCCAAAAUGAUUAAUAGUAAUUUAAAUAGUAUCCUUGUUAACCAAGUACAAUCAAUGAAAGAUUAUAUCAAUGAUAUUCAUCAACUUAUUGGUUCAAAUGAAAUUGAAUCAAUUUUCAAAGAGCUUAAAUUGUCGGAAUCUGAUUAUUUCACUAAUAUGCUUGAGAUAACCAAAUUUACCAGGAAAAGUUUAAUGGCUUCAUUGAAAUCAACUGAUGCUUCAAUUUUGCGAUAUCUAAUAUUGGAUAAUAAGUUUCUCAGGCAAAUGAAAGUUAAUUCAAAACAAUUAUUGAUUAUUUUAUCUAAAAUAAUUAACUCUUAUCAAUCAUUAACUGAUCUCAGUUUCCUCAACUAUUCAACUAUUGGCUUGGAUAUUAUGUAUUCAUUUUUCUCAUCAUUACAAUCAACUAAUCAUGGUAACCCGAGUGAAUCAAUUGGACCUGAUAAUUUGUCAACAAUUAACAUAAUUAAUGAUCAAAUGUCGUGUAAAUUAUCAAGAUACAAUAAUUCAAAUCUGGUUAACAAAUCAGUUAAACGACAAUUAACUAUUGAUUAUUUGGCAUACAUGAUUAUUGAAAAGUCUUUCAAUUCUGACAAUCAAAAUAAUUCAGAUCUCAAUCUAUUUCUUCCUGGUCUUGAUUACGAUAUUAAUCAACUUUUUUACCUUAAUCUUGCCAAGACGUUGUGUAUCAAAAACAAAGACUCGAUAACAAUUAAGGAUGGAAAACUAAUUGCUGAACCUUUAAAAAGAUUUGAUUUUAUCCUAAAUCAAUUGGAAACAUUUAAAGGAUCCUUUGGAUGUCAAUCUAACGAAUCAACUAAUUGUGAUGAAUCAACUAAUGGUAACACCAAAAAUCUUGUUAAUCGUAACGUGACAAUGGGCACAAUUAAAAUUGCAUCAUCAUCACCAUCACCAUCAUCAUCAUCAUCAUCAACAACAACAACUGAGAGCUACAAAAUGAUACAAUCAGUACAACAGAAAGAAACUCAUUCCAAGAUUAACACAAUGGUCAUUGUUGAUCAGCAUCCAGAUGACCAUGUUAUCAUUUCCUCUUCCUCUCCAACUCCUCCUAAACCAUCAGUCAAACCUAAUCAACGUGAAUGCACUAAUUGUAUUGUUAAUAAAUCAUUAAGGAUAAUUGAAAAACCUCAACAGAAGCAACAAUUCAAAUGCCCUCUAACCAAAAGACGAAACUAUUGAAUAUAACAUUUGAUUCUAAACAAUAAUCAACUUUGGUCACCAAUUAGAGAUACAAAAGUCGUUUGAACUGCGCCAACGAAAUCGAAACCAGCUAUCGACUGGGGCUCGACAUUGGAUUGAUCGUGCAACUUGUUUUCUCUUUCAUCUGGAAUAUUUGGUUUACUUUCUUCUCAUCCUGAUGAAGAUAUUCUGCUAAUCAUCAUUAAUCAGCUACCGAAUUUGAAUUAUUCCAAGAGAUCUUGAUAUUUGUCUAGCUUCUUAUUUAUCUCAAUGUUGGAAAAUGAUUCAACUGGUAUGAAGCUCAUUAGCUUUUCCUAAUCAGUGUCUCCAUCGCCUUUGGAAUAUAUCAGAUUGAAUUAUGUUUAUGGUCUGAUUCUCAUAGAAUCCUGGAAAUCCCAAGGAUAUUGUUUCCAAAAUCCGAAUCUUGUCAAGUUCCUCAUCGGUUCCUUCUGUUUGUCAUAUCCAUGGAUAAUAUCUAAACAUGAUGAUAGAGAUGAUUAGAUGAGUUGAAUAAUUGUUCAAAAAAAAGCCGAAUACAUGGUUAUUUAUAUACAAUUAUAUUGGUUUAGAAAAGCCAAU